GUUCCGAUGGGUGGACUGUCUUUUACGUAUUCUAGAGGAAUGCAUAACACCAAAAUCUGUGAGAACCGCCUUGCAGGAACUGCCGAAAGAUUUGGAUUCCGUCUACUUGAGGAUCCUUAACAGCAUUCCCGAGGCACAGAGAGAAUAUAUUAGGCGAGCGAUGCAUUGGCUCGCAUUUUCAGCAGUACCGUUGACAUUGGGACAGCUUGCGGAGGCCAUUGUGAUCGAAUACGAUGUCAACAAAUAUGGCGAGGAUUCUGAACCUCUUUUUAAGAUGAAGUCCCUCAUGAGCAUUUGCCCAAGCCUUAUCUCCUUCGAAGAUGCCAGGGACGAUCAAUCAUCCACCCAAGAAGCCCGAAGAUUACGACUGGCUCAUUUUUCGGUAAAGGAAUAUCUGAUUUCCGACCGGACAGGUCAGGGCCCUGGUGCCUACUAUCAUAUUUCUGAGGAUAAAGCCAAUUUACUGAUGGCGCACGCUUGUCUCAGUCGAAUACUGCGACAUAGUGCACAAGCUACAAUAAGCGGGAACAAUGUCGAAAACACCUCGUUUCUCUACCACAGUGCCCGCUAUUGGUUCGUGUAUACUAGAUCUAUUGAGGAUACGGCACCCACCCCACUCCUCGACGUGUCGGUAAAGGUCCUCGAGCUGGGAAAGGAGUGGCUAGAUAUAUAUGACCCUGACCGACCUUACCGGCUUUCCACCCACAGAGCUAGAGUUUACCCACCAGCAAUAUACUAUUCCUCUCUGCUAAAUUUGGUGACGGCCUGUAAAUUGCUAGUCAAUAGAGGAGUGGAUACAGUAAACGUGAAUGCUCAGGGUGGCAGUCAUAACAAUGCACUUCAAGCAGCUGCAUAUCGGGGGAACGAAUCGGUCGUGCGGCUUCUUCUCGAGCAUGGGGCAGAAGUGAAUGUGCAAGGUGGCGAGUAUGGCAAUGCACUACAAGCAGCUGCAUAUCAAGAGAACGAAUCGGUUGUGCGGCUUCUUCUCGAGCAUGGGGUCGAGGUGAAUGCUUAUGGAGGCUCUUAUUGUAAUGCACUACGAGCAGCCGUACAUCGGGGGAGCGAAUCCGUUGCCCGCCUUCUCCUCGAGCGAGGGGCAGAGGUGAAUGCUCAGGGUGGCAAUUUUGGCAAUGCACUACAAGCAGCUGCAUAUCAUGGGAACAAUCGGUUGUGCAGCUUCUCCUCGAGCGUGGGGCAGAGGUGAAUGCCCGGGGCGGCAGGUUCGGCAAUGCACUUCAAGCAGCGACAUAUCAAGGGAACCAAUCGGUCAUGCAGCUUCUCCUCGAGCGAGGGGCCGAGGUGAAUGCUCAGGGCGGCAAGUAUGGCAAUGCACUACAAGCAGCGGCAUAUCAUGGGAACGAAUCGGUCGUGCGGCUUCUCCUCGAGCGUGGGGCAGAGGUGAAUGCUCAGGGUGGCGCGUAUGGCAAUGCACUUCAAGCAGCGGCAUAUCAUGGGAACCAAUCAGUCGUGCAGCUUCUCCUCGAGCGU